UGAAGCUUCAUCCAAGAGGAUCAUGGGAAACAAUUCUGGCUACUGAAGCGGAGGGAGUUUCGAAAUAUUUCAUGAUUAGCUACGGUUUAGCACGUUACACCAUAGUUAUAUUAACAUGGUGUUAGCAUUAUAUUUGGCUAUAACCAGUGUAGUUGAAGUGUUCAGGUUACGCUUUUUUCGGGACUUAUGCUCCGUGCAGGAAGCAAAAUUAGCUAGGUAGCUAACGCUAGUUAACGUGGUGUCUUGCAAUCUCGACGAACUCUUCCUGAGUGCAUAAUCAAGCGGAAGAACCAAUGCUGUCUUUUAAAUAUGGAGCUAAAUUUGGAGGUUGUUUUGUCAUCCAGCAUCAAACGGAAGAAACCAUGGCCGCGAUUCUGUUGGCUUGGGAUGGAGAAGGAGUCUGUGUUUCUGUUAGAUGACAAACGGAUCAGUGAGAUCAACAUGGUGUCUGGUCGCACCAAGAAGAGGACUCCUAAACUCCACCCUUUACUCAACAGUGUGGUGACAAUGGCUUCAUCCCACAAUGGCAUGUGGCUUUGUGGACUUUUGGUCUCAGGAGAGCUUUUUCUGUGGAACAGGGAUAAAGACUUGUUGAAGACUGCUGCAUCAGUCCCAGAAGUAGUUCAUAUGAUAACUGCCACUCGAGGGAAUGCCACACGACUGUCACUCCAGGUUUCAGGGGAUGGGAUGUGUGUGCUCCUGGUAGGCAUAACAGGGCAAGUGUUCUUAUGGGAGUGUAUGGAUGUCAGGGAUUUGACAGGGGUGCGAGAUGGCACAGUAAAGGGACACUGGGCACAUAUACAGCCCCUUGAAGACUCGAUUCUGCCUUCUUUACUAGACAAAGAAGCCUCCCAACACACUGUCUUUGUCAAGUCUGAGGUUGUGGGUGAUGCCUGCUUAUCAGCAUUUGUUUUCACAUCUGGGAAGAAGCUAAUCAUUACCUGCCUGAAAAUCCAAUGGGAAGAGGGCCGUGUGAGAGUGGGUUCUGUGGGAUACAGCUUACAGUGGGCCACCAAGACAUAUCCCAUGUCUCGCCUCACCCCACCCUGCCAACCAGUCAAGUCCAGAGGGGCCUUAGUGCCAGCCUUCUCCCCAGAUGGCCGACUUUUAGCCAUUGUCCUGAACCAAAGACAUCCUAAAGCUACACAGAUCCUCUUUGUGAGCACACAGAAUUUUGUCUCCAUAUCAAGUGGCCUCGGAGGAUGUGGAAGUAAGAAAAUGGACAUCCCCUCUAAAUACACAAGGUCCUACUGGGUGGGCAGUGUGAGCUGGUCACCGGGCAGUCUUUUCCUGGCCUGUGUUUUGAAAAGAGGCUCCCUUCUUAUGGUUUCUCGCCUUGGGGGGCUUGUCACUCUAACAAGCUGUGGUUGCAGUGUUGACUUUGGGCCUGCACACUUCCUACCCCUGCACCCUCUCGUCACUUACCGGCCGCCAAUGUCUGCAGGCAAAGGGGAGGCCUCUCUGUCCAGCUCUAGCUUGUCUGUGCGGGAUGUCCUGAGGCAGCGAUAUUCUGUGACCUGGCACCCACGGCUGUUGUAUCUGAUUGUGUCUGAUGGCUACAUGGCCACAGUUAUGAGGGUGCUAGAUAAGCCUUCUCCUGCUCUUUUGCUGAAAACACUUGUAAAGGACACAAGCAAGGAACUUGAAAAGGCCACCCGGAAACUGGAUAAAUUACAGAUUCAUGUGAAGGCCUGGCUGGAGUCCGUAUCUUGCCUGAAUCUUGACGGCAGCCUUGAGGUUCACCCCAUUCUCACUCGUGGGCCUAACACCACAGACUCUGUCAUUUCAGCAGCCACAGAUAGAUCCACUUUGCCACUUUUCCUGCAGGACCAGGGGACAUUGGAUGGUACCAAGGAGCUUCUUGAAAAAGUACAGACUUUCUUUGAGGAUGACUCUGAUUUUGACGGACCUCCUGCUGGUUCUCAUGUGGAGGAUCGCGGCCAUCUUGAGUUUGCCUCAAUGUUUGACACACUCCACGCCCUGGACACACAGACAGACACUGGAAUUAUCAGUAGCCCAGAUUAUGACAAGGACUUUGUUAAAACAGACAAGAAGACACCUCUUUCUCAUCAGGAUCUUGGAAGAAUCCAGAGAAAGCUGUUAACUGCCUGGGCUUUUGGCAUGUCUCUAGGAAAUACUUUGGAAAACAGAACUCGCCUGUUGAAGCAUACCCUCUACUGCGUGGUGCGAUUUGCAGCUUUACUCCAUUUGAUCCCCAGCUCCUCGUCCCACAAAGGGAAAAAGAACACCUCGGUUACUGCUUGCCUCCUGCACCUUCUCAAAGCCCUUCUCUCUUUUCUUCCCUGGGAUUGCACUCACUCAGAUGGGCCACGCUGCCUGGGCUUGGUGGUGGAGCUCAGUAAACUGCUGGUACGCCUCCUGCUGACCCCUUACCCUGAGUCACAUCAGACUGGUCACUGUCAGUUAUCAUCUCACAGUCUAUCUACAGUACUCCUUAUCCUUCAACUGGUCUCCGAUUCUCUUGACCACACCUACAGCCUGCAGCAAAGAGCUGUCUGGUCCUCUGCAGCCACCUCCCAGCCACCACAGCUAUGGCCUUCAGAUGUACACGAUGUGCCUCUGUUACAGGAUGAAACGGAAGAGAAAUCCACGUUUGUACGUCAGGCACAACCUGUUCCCCAGCGACCAUCCAGCAGAUUGUUGGGAGUGUGGCAGUGGGUCUACAAGGUCACCCAGCAGUAUAUGGAGGAACUGAAAAGCUUUAAAGGCUGUGAUGGCUGGGAGGAGGAACAGCAGCAGUUGUCUGUCAUCAUGUCACAGAUCCAAACAGCUCUGCAGGCUACAGGAGAAAGACUAGAGGAGGGUCCUGCACUGCUGAGUUACCCAGGUGAACAUCUUUUCCUGUGUGGGUCUUACCCAAAAAGUGCUGAGACAUGGCGGUCACAAAUUUGUGAGGAGAGUGACAAAAGCUGCGAUCGUAGUGUCUUCAAGGAGACACGGCUUUGUCUGGCACUCCUGUACAGUCUGUUAUCCCAGUACCGUCUGAGAGAAGCCCAGGAGUUGGGGGACCACAUGGCCUGCCUGAUCCUGCGCAGGGCUGGACACCAGAAGGACAACAUGACCGGCAUAACAGCAGACUCUCUUCCUUGCCUGUGGCUACCGAUUGACCUUCACAGUGAAGCAGCUUGUGCCGUGGUUCAGACCCUGGGGAGAUUCAUGGCCUCUUAUUUCUCCAAUCAGCCCCUCUACAUCCUGCCCCCUCACCAUGUGGCCGUCCUGCCGCCACUACAUAUACCUCAUGCCCCUGGUGCUGGACGCUUAGUGCCACUGUGCCAAGAGGAGGUGACUAGAGCAGUGCGACAACAGCAGCUGUCAGAGGUAUGGACAGUAGACUACGCCCAGGACCUGCUCCUGCUAGGGGGUCUGCUUCCUGAGACUGUGUGGUUGGCUUACCAUCUUGGGGACUGGAAGACCGCGGCCUCUCUGAGCCUGGCUUAUACAAAUUACUGCGCUGACCACUUUGACUUCACUCGGCUCAGGAGGAGAGAGCUCCACCUCCCAGCAGAUUUAGAACCAGAAAGCAUUUUUCAAGUUGAGUUGGAGUGUCUUCUUGACAAUAAGUCUGACUCCCAAGACUGCAGAGAUAAAGAUGGUGACAAGAGCUUUACAGACCCUUUGGAAGGAGACGACUGGGACUUAUUACAGGUUUCCAUACAGGAGAUUCUGAAGGCCUCGGUCAUGGCUGGAGUGAAUGUUAUGUCUUCACCCUUGUCUUCCCUGCUGGAUACAGCCAAAGACCUGUGUUCUUGCCUGCCUAUCUUGGUGCCUAAUGCACUGUAUCUACCUUCACCACCUCUUUAUUGCCCUCAGCCUUCCCCCAACACACAGGACCCAGUAGGGACAAUAGGGCAGUUUACAGAAGUUGCAUCACGUCACAAAGUGUCUGGAGUUCUCCAAAGAUUACUGUUACUUCUGAGAUCUGCACGUUGUUGCCAUCCUGCUGCCCAGUGGUACAUCAGCCACCUGCGCCGUGCCAGACACCUACUACAUAAGGUCAAGAAGAAGUACUCCUAUCCAUCAGCUACUGAAGAAGAAAAGGCUUUCCCAGAGGGCCUGAUGAAGUUCGUCACCCGUAGUGGAUUCUUCAGACGUGGGCCUAACAAAGAUGGUCACCUGGACCCUGUCACCAUUCAAACUAUUAUCUGUUUCCGGGAGCUGUGUGGUUUAUGUUGGAUGCUUCAUGUCAGGGACCAGCUCUCCAUUUCCUGCAGAAAAUAUCAGGCUGCCAGACAGCAUGGACGAGAUGAACAGGUCCCUGGUGGUUCAGAAGUGAGAUCUGCCUGUAUCGAUGCUCUCCACUGGGCUUGUCGUUUUCUGCCUUUCUCUUGCUUCCUCAAUGCCGAGGAGAUCCUCCAGGACAUACUGCUCAGCCUUUUGUCUGAGCUUCCUCCUCUCUCCCUGGUGGCAGACACGCUGGUACGAGCUUUCCCAGGGGAGGAGGAGUCUGUCAGGGUCCCUCUGAGAGAAAAGUAUAACUCACUGCUGCAGAGACUGAGGCAAUGCAAUGUCAUCGAGGGGGAAAAAGAGGAGGUGAACGAUUCGAUGAUGAUUGUGAUUCAAGACAAAGUCAGGCAGAGAAGAAAACAUCUUGGGCGCUUGCAGAGGCACCUGGCCCCCCCUGAGCUCUGUCUGUGGGAUGAGGAGGACAGGGGAAGCAAACAUGGGAUGGCCAUGUUAAGGGAACUCUCACUGGGUACAAGUCUGAGCAAUAGCACCUUAACUGACUGUGUGUUCCCCCCAGUCUGCAGUGAUGGAGACACAGCGGAUAAUACAUCUGAGGCUGUCUCUCCUGACAUGCAUAGCAAAGACAUGAGCAGGGGCAAAGAAGCAAAAAAAGUGAGAGAGGACAGAGGACAUGCAAAGAAGACUGCUGUUAAGAUUGAAAGUGUCAUUCAGGAGGAGAGUCACCCAUUCGAUACCAAGGAGAAUGAGCAGCCAUCCCUACCAGUGGUUGGCACCUGGGAGUUUGAGCUGGAAGACAAAGAGUAUCUAAAUUUCCUGGAGCUCUUCCUCAGCUAUGUGCUAGAGAAGGAUGGUGCUGAUGGAGGGGACUCAGGUGGUGAACUUCCUUUGCUGAAGGGCUUCUCCUCCCAACUGAGGGAGAGGGAGUUGCAUUGUCUCACCUUUGACGUGCUCACAAGUAUUCAUCGGCGUCAAAGAGACGCGCUCCAUCCAGCAAGAAAACACUCAGGCAAUGAUCCCCCAGUGUUCAGAGCUGGCUGCUGCUACAGGCCCGUGAAACAAGGUGCAACACCUGAGCUGCAAACGUCCUCCAUCUGUAGUGAAGCCCCCAUAUCCAGAACUAGCUUUUCUGUUAUCUCUCUUCCUGGGCUGAGAACUGGCAUGCAAAAAGGUUUGUUUGGCCUCCGACAGCAGAGCAAUGUGCCUUUAGGCCAAAGAGCGAAGGUAGGCCUGCUUGGUUCUGAAACUAGCUCUAUUCGAAGUGCCAUUCCCACGGGGCAGCCAUCAGAGAGCUUGACAUGUGGCUCUUCAACAGCUGUGGAAGCCGUGAUUCAAUUGCAGCAGGGCCUGGACCCUAAAUUGGAGGCUCAGUUUCCAGAGCUGGGCAGGCUGCUGGAGUGGAUGGUACGCUGGGCUGAUAGGAGGGUGCUACUAGGACAUCAUGGCAAAAAGAAGAAAGAGAGGGGAGAAGGGGUUGGGGGAACAGCUGAUGAAGGGGUAGUGAUUCGUGUCAAAGCCUCGGCGCCUGCCGUCCUCACUUCCCUCAGCUUGCUGCAGAGCAGGUACACUGCUCUACUCGGGACUGACCACUACGGGUCCCGCAUCCAAGUUCCACAAACACAAUGGACUGUAGCCCCUGUGCUGCAACCUAAGGUGGAUAGGAAGCUGGAGAGAGAGAGCAGUGUUGAUACAGGCUACCCUGGAUCAGCCAACACUCCCAUCACUGGUCUUGAUCACAAUCUUCAGCAAGGAGAACUGUCCAUUGGUUCUCAUACAGAUGAACCAGAGGAACUGACAUGUCACAGGACACCUUUUUCUAAUGAUCAGGAUCCGCUGAUCUUUGAUGCUCAGCAGAGGCAAUCCAGUUCUCAACAACUAUGUCUCGAUGACUUAGAUGUCACACCUGAAAAAGAAGGCAAAAGUAGUGACAGUGAGGGCCUGGACACAUCAUCCUGGGUUUCCAAUGGUAACACCUCUGGAGCCAUCUGCACACCUGAAAUGAGUUUAAAGCUUGCAGACCUGGACUUUUCAGACAAUGCUGAAGACACGUUCACUUCCACCUCUCUCCACAGUCAGGCUAAGAGCCUACAAGCCCAUCCACACCCAGAGCCCCAAGCUCUUCCUGCUGUCCAGCCUGAGGCAGAGAUCCAUGCAGAGCAUUCUGGUUCAAUUGGAGUGCUGCUCCCCAACACACCUGUGGAUCCUCCAAGCCUUCAGCCACAAAGCUCCAUGGCUAGUGCACCCGCUGCGGAUUCUACAGCCCCCAAUCAGACAUUAUCCUCCCAGCCAAUGAGACAGCGUCUGGGUGAAGACUUAUUCAGACUGGUUCAGCACAUCAAUCACGUGAGCCUGAUGGAGGUUUUAGGAGCUUCAUUUUCUAACCUACAACUUGCCCAGCAGAGCUCUUUGGCUAACAUUAACUCAUUGCACCCUAAUGUGGCAUCAUCUUUUGCUACCAAUUUCAUCCCUCAACCAAAUUCCUUACCCGUUCAAACCGCCAUUUCUGUGGCAUCUCAGACACAAGCAUGCAUGCCAAGUUCAGGAUCCAACAACCCUCAAUUCAGUCAGAUCCCUGCACCUAUGUGCAGCCAACGUCACACCACCAGGAAUCUACCCUCCGCUGUAAAUGGUGCAAGUGUAAAUUAUCAGGAAAUGCAGCCACUGUCUGUACAUGCGGUGUCAUCAGAAAUCCAGUCUAGAGAGAGCAGGAGGUUAAUCCCACCCUCACAGGGGCUUCUGGCCACAACUGACACCAGCUACGCUAUUCACACUGCACCUGUGUUAAUGCCUUCUAACGAUAGCAUACAAAGUGAACCUGCUCCCCAGGUCUUGGGCUUGAAGUUACUUCAGCUCCAUAGUCCUCCAUUGCUCCAGCAGAGUGCCCCAAACUAUCAGGGGCUCCAGACGCUGCACAAAGCAAACCCCGCAACCACAGAAUCCCAUCAGCACAAGGUUAAAAAAAGUGACCAGUCCACCUCAAAGAAGACUGGAGAGGAAGAUAGAAACUGGUCUUCUGUUCCAAAAACACAACUCACUUUUAAUUCUCUACAUGAUCCAACUCCCAGGAACUCUCAACCCGGGUUUCAGACUUCAGAGAGAUCUAGGAAUCAAGAGUUCUCACUACUUCCUCCCACUUUACCAGCUCACACACCUGCACCAAUGCAGGGCCUUCGUCUGCUGCACUUUCAGCCUGUUCCAAACAGCAACAUUACGUUCCCCAAACUACCCUUACCAUCUUCCUCCAGGCCCGCUACUGUCAUUGCAGCUCCGAGGGGAGAAGCACCUAUGAUCAAGCUUCUACAUAUAGAAUCUGGACCAAAAAUGAUGGUGCCCCUGGCUGCUCCUCCAGCCCAAAUGACCCGUCUCAUCUCCAUGGAGGAGUUGACGAGUUCAGUGAUCGGGAGGCAGAAUGCUGAAGAGGGGGGACUGUGGUUGCUCAGAGUAGACCCACCUACUGAACGCACUAGAAGAGCUACCGUUUCUCCCAGCUCUAACUCCAGCAAGAGGCAGAAGAGGAGAGAGGAGAAAGCAGGGAAGGCAAGAAAAACAGAGGUCACAUUCAGACCGAAUGAGUCGAUCAUCCCUAGACAAGAGCCAACAGAUAAGCCUGUUGAAGAGCCUGAAGCUGCAGAAAAGUUCACUCCUGGACAGGACCCUGGCAUUCAGUUUGGGUCCUUUGACUCUUUGCUGACUGGUCAGAGAUUAUUGGACAAGACCAUGUCCACUUCAGCUGAGCUGCAUGCUUUUGCUUCCACAUGUAAAAGACCUCCAGAGUGCCAUGAUGCUUUCACCAACACAGACCCAGCUUGUCCUCCCACACUUGUGGAUAAAGCUGUGUCUGCCUCUGUGACUGCUAGUAGCCCUAAAUCACCAAAUUCAGGGGAUCUGCAGUUUUACAAAGAGCGCCUUGUACAAGACACAAUGGAGACCACACAGGGACCAGAGAAGAAUUUGGAUCUGAAUGGCCGCCAGUUCAUAAGUGUCUUGGAUCUAGAAGACAAAACCCUGCAUCAGGAUUUGCCAGCCUUUCUCAGCCCAGGAGCACAAGAUGUUCUUUCUAUCCACCCCUCUUCACCUACUUCUGCUCAGCUUCAUGUACUUGCGACUUCUGUUUUGAGGAGUAGCGCUGCUGAUUCACAACCGUUAGUCACAAUUCCAGAGGAUCUCCUGAAUCCCACCACUCACACAGAUAUCCCUGAGGAGUCGCCGUCACUCAGCCUCAUUGAACCCAAUAGGGAACCAGAGAGAAUCACUUCACCAGACAUGGUAGAUCCCUCUGACUCUGAAAUCGGUCGAGUCGUAAAGACCCAGAGCGUUGGACCUCACAUUGCCUCAUCCACGCCUCCUACAGUCUGGUUCUCCUCUCGCCUGUCGGAGCUGGACGCUCAGCUUGCUGCUCUACAGAACAUUGCAGACUAUCUGGAGAAGGACUUUUCCAACUCCAGGAUGCUGGUGAACACUAUUGAAAAGCACACCCCAGUCUUGGUGCCUGAUGUGAAGACUGCCCCAGCAGUAAAAAAAACUGUCAGACUGUCUGUCCCACAGGAAGCAUGGAUGCCACGCCUGAACACUUCAACUGACCCAAAUGCCUUUGAAGAAGAUGAUGAAACUCAGGAAGAAGAAUGUGUGGUUCAUAAUGAGCUAUCUUUUCGUUAUGCCACUGCUUCUCAUGGUCACAACGCUGGUCCUUCCUACCUUCACACCCCUCCAAAAAUGAGAGAUCAGCCGACUAAACCAUCUGGAAUAUCUCCUGUAUGGGCAGAUGACAAUCUGGGUGAGACAGGGCUAUCCGAUACAGCAGAAAUCUUAGACGAGUUGGUGAAGGAAGGGUAUUUAUCCCUGACUGACCUAGAAUUGUCCAGUUCACAGACUGCACACCGAAGAAGCAGGCUGGACCAGCAGCAAAGUAGCGGGAUGUCGCUGAAACGUGUCCUUCCAGAGGAUGAGAGGAGAGAGCUGAGGAUCUGGAUGAGAAGGAAACAAAGGGAACGACUGGCUGUUUAUCAAAAACACAGAGAGAGCCUGAGGGAGAGGGAGCACAAACCUUUUUCUACCUCUGGAACAGUUAAACCAACAAACAGUAAUCGAGCAACCAGUUGGAGAAGCAGAGAGGAAAAAGAAAAGCUCAUUCUUCUGGAGCAAUACAACCAGAGGACCCGUGAAGCCUGUUCAUUGGCCAGUGACUUUCUCACCACUCCUUCAGCCAUACACUGUUCUUCACAGACUGAGGGUUCACCAGUGCCCCCAAGUGCACGAUCCAACUCGGCUCCACUCCUGGAUAGCGCUCAAAGGACUUACAGUGUAUCUGCCAAUGAUAAAAGAAUUCUAAAAUCAGGACAAGCUCAACCCCACGUUCGUCCAUGGACUGCUGAGAUGCAGGCACGGCCUUCGGAGGAUAACCGCAGGAGACUGGGACUACACAGACCAGUUACCUCUCUGCCAAGGGACCGUCUGUCUCAGGUGACCAGACGUGGCAUGCUCACUGACGCAAAGGGCCACACCAAACUGCACACAGCCAGUCAGAGUGAGGAACAGCAUGUUGGAUACCAGAAGAAGACAGGGGUGAACAAAAGUCUUUCGAGAGGAACGACUGCUGUAGGGAGAGGGAUUCUGAGCGAGCAGACGAGGAUGAUGGAAGAGAGGGAAGAGGUCAACCUUUGGGAGCCUACUUCAGAAUUCAAUAGGCACCUGGCCCAAGAGGAAUCUACCAUAAUUUUGGCUGAACGUUUGGAUGAACAGGAUAAUGGUGCCAGAGCUGUUGUGUCAGAGAUGGACUGGCUAGACAACUUUUCUGAGACCGGCAGCAGUGUCCUCAGCAAAAUAGACUGGGCAGCUAUCGAAAGGAUGGUGGCUGCAGAGGAAGCUUGAGUGUCACAAGAAAACGAAAAACACCACCACGUUGACAAGUAGAUGGUAUUUUGUUGGGGGAAAAAACAUUUAUGUGCCUAUUGAAUAUACUGUAAAUCAGAUGCAUAUUAAAUUAUGGUCAUAGAAAUUAUAAUGUAGGUAAGUUUUAAUAAAUAUGAUAUGAUCAGCAGUGAUAUAUA